GGCAACGGCGGAGGCUGGAGCGGGAAGGAGGCAACUAGUGGCACACACUUAAACAGUCAAGCUGCUGUUUACUCGUGAGCCGAGAGUGCUGAGAGACCUCCACAUCCUUAAAUAAAUGAUGUGAAACAAAAAUGGUUCAUCGUUUUCAUUUGCGCGGAACGGAGGAGCAGCUCCAUCUACCUUCUUGCUAGCUUACAUCCAGACUGAAACGUCAACAGGUGGAUUUUCCAUUAGCGGCGUCUAUCAAUGGCUUCAAAAGACUGGCAGCAUCCUUAUGUCAACAUAUUCAAACAUGUCAGAGUUGAAGACGGGAAGAGGUCGGCAAAAGAGGGAGAUGUGUCCACAUACACGGAUAAGACGCUGAGGUGUCCUGUGUUUAGGAUCAAGGGUCCUGUUCCUGCCAACAGCUACAUCCUAAUACCCAAAAACAGCAACAAGUCUCUGGGGCUCACGGGUCGCUUCUUCUACCUUCUUUUCAGGCCCACGCCGGCCAAGUACUUUGUGGUACACCUGGAUGUAGCAGCGGAGGAGGGCCAGGUGAUCCGAAUCUCCUUUUCCAACAUGUUCAAGGAGUUCAAGUCCACAGCUACGUGGCUUCAGUUUCCUUUCCUGUACGGAGCUGCAAAGGAUUCGGUUUAUGACAACACAUCCAAGUCUGCAAGACAUGGCUUGGUGGGUCCAGCUCCUACAUCAGUGCGUUGGACCUGCCUGAUGUUGGAUCUACAGUGUAUACUUUCUGCCUACCUCAGCCGCGGCUACAGUCACCUGAAGAGCAUCAAGCUUUGUGCUAACAUGGCAGUGAAAAACAUGUUUACUAGUGACCUGUUGCUAGAUCCAGGAGUUUCCUUCAGUGAAGCCAAACUAUUGGGUUUGGCCUCUUCUCGGGGCACAGGUCCUAUGCCCAGAGACAUGUCGUUCCCUCUGCCCAAGGGAGGCUCCUGGCAUGACAUCUAUGAUUACAUCAAGUUUCCCUCAGAAGGCACAAAGUUACCAUUUGAUUCCAUUCAAAAAGUCAACCCACAGCCAGAGACUAUAUGUUCUUCCAACCACAGAAGUCCUGUGAGAGAAGUCUCACAGUCUCGCUGCGUCGACCUCAGCAAACCAGUUCAAGACCGCUUGUCCCUCAUCCAGCAAAUCACCACCCCAAAACUACUCCCAAGGAAUCACACCCCCACGAUAACCAACAUACCCGAGCUGGGUGUAGUCUCCACGCACCAGGAGGACUGGCUUUGCUGUGAUGAUGGCCGACGGCAGGCGUCGACAGUCUCCAGUUCGCGCCAGUCUCCCUUUGAUACAGAUGAUGGUGGAGUUCAUGUUUAUGUGCAUCCCGAGGACGACUUUGGAAAACACGAUGAUGAAAGUGAAGAAGAGAUAUUGAUCACUCCUAUUCCCCGUCCUGUCUCCUUAUCAUCAUCCAAAGAAACCAAACAACGGAAGCUGCUCCCAGAUCCAAUGCUGAGGCUCAGUCGAAUCAUUGGCUUCGGAGGAGCCACUACUAAAUACGCGCUGUGGACUAAAUCAGGUGAUGAAGUGGUGUACCCAUGUCAUGCCAUCAUUGUGUCUAUGAAUAUAUCCUCUAACCAGCAGAGGUUCUUCAUCGGCCACACUGAUAAGGUAUCUGCACUUGCUUUUAAUGGCAACACAACACUACUGGCCUCAGCACAAACCGGCAACAACAGUGUAGUUCGAUUAUGGAACUACCACAAAGGAAACUGCCUGACCAUGUGCAGGAUCCACGCUCACUCAUUAUCCUGUCUCAGCUUCUCACACGGCGGAGGCAUCCUCUGUGGAGUGGGUAAAGAUAGCCACAAUAAAACAAUGGUGGUGGUGUGGAACACUCUGAACGUUAGCAAAGGUGGAGAGGUGACCAUCUUAGCCAAAGCACACACAGAAGUUGACAUUCACACCAUGAAGGUUGCCUUCUUUGACGACACAAGGAUGGUGUCUUGUGGUCGCGACAAUAUCCGUCUGUGGCGAGUACGGAAUGGGACACUGCGCUCCUGUCCGGUCAACCUGGGUGAAUACCACUCACUGGACUUUACCGAUGUGGCCUUUGAGGAGGGAACGUCUUUCAACCAGAAUCUUGAUGACCGAGCGCUAUUUGCCAGCAGUCGGAGUGGCCAUAUCUUUGAGAUCGACUACAGUAGAGUCGUUAUUAGAAAUGUGAGGAGGCUGUUGCCCGCGCAGCAGCAACAUGCAGAACACAGGGAGAAAUGGACUUUCAACACAGGUCCAGGCAUUGCCAUCAACAGCAUCAGUGUGUCCUCAUCAUUCUGUGCCACAGGCUCUGAAGACGGCUUCCUGCGACUCUGGCCCCUUGAUUUCUCUGCUGUCUUUCUGGAGGCGGAGCACGAGGGACCUGUGAGUGUGGUGUUGGUCUCAUCUGACAGCCUUCAGGUCCUGGCAGCCACCUCUACCGGUAACCUGGGGGUACUGGAUGUGAAGAGCCGCGGUUACAACACACUAAUGAGGUCACACACAGACACCGUGCUCGGCUUCAGUGUGGAUGGCAUUCAUCGGCAUCUGACAACAGCCUCAUCCGAUGGCACAGUGCGCAUUUGGAAUAUGGAUUCUUUGCAUCAGUUGUAUGACUUUAUGUCCGAGGACAGUCCCUGCUCUGUGGCCUUCCACCCGAGCGAGCAGAUCUUCUCAUGCGGCUUCAGCUCUGGGGUCAUCAGAGUCUUUGACAUCUCCAGUGCCAAGCUGCUGGCUGAACAUACGCAGCACAGAGGUGAAGUGGUUGGUCUCACCUUCUCUCCAGAUGGGGAGUACAUGUACAGUGCUGACUCCCGGGGUUCUCUGGCAUAUUAUAACUCCUCAGAGGAAGAGUACAACGUGAUGAAAGUUUCAUGUAAUGUGGUGGCCCGAGGCACCGAUCGCGCUCCAGACGCUCUCACAGUGAGCAGUGACAGCCGCUGUCUGGCUUUUGUGGGUCCCUCUGAGUAUGUUGUAACCAUCGCUGAUGCGAGGUCUCUGGAUGAGCUGCUCCAUGUAGAUGUGAGUAUUUUGGAUGUAGAGAGCCCCCGUUUGGAUUCUGCACUGAAGGUCUGCUUCUCUCCGGCCUCAAGCCAACACUUGUUAGUCACCACAUCUGCUAACAAGAUCCUCUGGGUUAGCACCAAGACCGGCCGUCUCCUCCGACAGGUCUCUAAGGUGCACAAACACCAGUGCUCCUCCCUGGCUGUGAGUGAAGACAGUCGGUUCCUGCUGACGGCUGGACACAAUGCCGUCAAAGUGUGGGAUUAUAAAAUGCAGUUUGACAUUAACUCACAGAUGUUCAUAGGCCACAGUCAGCCCAUUCGCCAGGUCAGCUUCACCCCCGACCAGAUGGGCGUCAUCUCAGUCGGAGAUGCCAUAUUUGUAUGGGACUUCCUGGCAGAUCCUGUUGACUCUCUGACUGAUCGUUGUUCACCUCCCAAACGAAGCUCUACCUCAGCUCUGAAACUAGACGCUGAAGUAAGCGAAGCACUGCUAUCCAACGGGAUGCCUAGACAGACUGCGCCCCUCCCCUCCUCACCGCCACCACGACUGGACAACAGCACCACAAACCAAGUGGACCAGGGAGCUUCAGGUUCCUUGUCUUUUUGUGAUGACACCAUGACAAUCCCAGCCAUUCCAGUCCGAGACACUAGUCCACGUCCUUCCUCGGAUCCCAGACCUGCUGUCCCCUUCCUCAAAGUCACAGACCUGCUCAGCAAGUCUCCCCUGAACACCAGUCACAUUGAAACCGUUGAGUCCCAACGGAAGAAGCCAGUACGUCCGGACUGUUACAGGCACUUUAUCCCACGUUUCAAGACCUCGUCUGCUGAUCAGGCUAUUGUAGCGCCACAGCCCCAAGAAGAGGGCAUCAAUCUGAAAGCAGUGAUCGGCUACAAUGGCAAUGGGCGUGACAACAUGGUGUGGAGCCCAGACCAAGGUUUAUUUGCGUACUCUUGCGGCUGUGUGGUGGUGGUGGAGUAUCUCCAUACAGGGAGUCAGAGGCACUUGCAGGGCCACAGUGAGGAGAUCUCCUGCCUUGCAGUCACAAAUGAUGCACAGACCGUGGCGUCGGCCGCUGGUGGCAGUAACGGAGGCAAGAGCCUCAUAUGCAUUUGGGACAUCCAGAAUGGAAGUUGUCGUAAAACCAUCUCUCACCACAAAGGGGAGGUGCAGAGUCUUACCUUUUCCCGGGACGACCGCCUCUUUCUGUCUGUCGGAGAUUUCUCUGACCCUGAGGUGGCUCUGUGGAGCACCAAGAACUUCCAGCUGCUGUGCAGUGUGAGUAUGUCGGCACCGAUUCACGCCGCCGCCUUCAGCCCCUCGGCAGCCGCCCAAAUGGCCUGCGUGGGCAGCCAUGGUGCUUACUUCUGUCUCAUCCACACACAAGGCCUGGAGUCAAACCUCAAGGUCCAGAAGGUGAGAGCACCAGAGGAGGUGGGCGAAGUGGAGCUGACUUCUCUGUGCUACCACAUGGACUCCUUUCUGUUCACUGGCACCAAUCGAGGACAUGUUUGUGUCUGGGACGUGAACACGCAGAGCUGCUUCAUGACCUGGGAAGCUGAUGAGGGAGAGAUCGGAGUGCUGCUGUGUCGAGGGAACCGUCUGUUGACAGGCAGCAACACCCGCUGGUUGCGACUGUGGGAGGUUGAAGCCGCACAGGGUAUGAAGCCUAGGGACAAGGGCUGCAAUGGAAGAGAAAGUGGGAUGGUGGUGAUGCUGGAGCGAGAGAUGAUGCUGGAUGGGACGACGGUCAGCGCAGCUUUUGAUAACUCAAUGGACAUGGGCAUCGUCGGCACCACAGCAGGGACCCUCUGGUACAUCAACUGGUCAGAUAACAGCAGCAUCCGGCUGGUCAGCGGCCACAAGACCAAGGUGAAUGAUGUGGUGUUCAGCUCUGACGAGAGCCACUUCGCCACCUGCAGCGAGGACGGCAGCGUGAGGGUGUGGUUGACCUCCAGCUAUGAGCUGGUGGUACAGUUCCAGGUGCUCAACCAGGCCUGUGGCUGUGUGUGCUGGAGUCCUUCCUCUAGAGAAGACCGUGCAUGUGUGGCUGCAGGUUACAGUGAUGGAACCCUGAGGAUCUUCCGGCUCGCCUCCACAGAGAUGGAGAUGAAGCUUCAACCCCAUCAAGUGGCCGUCACUGCCAUCCAGUACUCUGCUAGGGGUCAUGUGAUUCUUUCAGCUGGGAAGAAUGGUCUGGUAGCGGUCAGCAGCCCAAUAAAUGGAGCGACUGUUCGUGUCAUUAGGGACCACAAAGGAGCAACAGUCACCACGAUCCAGUGUGUGAACCAACAGUGUAAGAGUUUCGGGCUGGAAGGAAGCGAAACGUGGUUGGCCGCUGGCGCCGACAGACGCGUCAGUGUGUGGGCAGCCGAUUGGUUGAAGGACAAGUGUGACCUGCUGGACUGGCUGUCGUUCCCUGCGCCUGCCUACACCGAGGGCGACACCGUGCCGCCCAGCAUGGCUGCCUUCUGCCCAGCCGACCAUAGCCUGCUGGUUUACACCGGCUACGGGGUGGAGAAAGAGCUGUCCUUUUACAGCCUGGCUAAAAAACAGAUAGUGAAAAAGAUUUCCCUGCCCCACUGGGCCACAUGCAUUAGCCUCUCACCUAAGAGUCACCUGGUAGCUGUCGGAUCAAAAGAGCGGGUGCUGAAGUUGAUCGAGACGACCAGCGGCAGGUUUCAGGACUUUAUGCAGCACAGUGACUCACUGCAGACAUGUCACUUCUCUCCCACUGGAACACUUGCGUUUUCUGUGGCUUAUAACGAGAUCCUGCUGUGGGAGGUUCGUGGCCUCUGAUCUGUUCCAUCCUCCUUCACAUGUGCCUGAGUUUUAUUGUUACUGUAUAAAAUUAGAACUUUUUUAUCACAUUUGUAUUUUUAGCGAAAUGAGCGUAACUUGCGGAGAAGCCUUUAAGAUUCAUCUUAUUGGAGUUCAUUCAUUUUAAUCCUUUUUUAAAAUGAACUCUUUCUUUUAUUAAACAUCACUCAUGACUU